GCGACUCAGCCUCCGGGCGGUAGGGGCCGUUGCGGCGCGGAGGCAGCCGGCGAGCCUGGCCGCUCUCUCCCGCAGGCGGAGGAGACGAGGUGGAGCGUCGCCGGCGCGGAGGUUAGGCGACCCCGCGACAGGUAAUAAAUCAUCAUUAGUCAAGAUGUCUUCAGCCCCGGAGCCUCCAGUCUUUAAAAAGGAACCACCCAAAGAGAAAGACUUUGAAAACCCAGGGCUCAGAGGGGUCCGCACAACAACCUUAUUUCGAGCUGUGAAUCCAGAGCUCUUCAUUAAACCUAAUAAACCCGUCAUGGCUUUCGGAUUGAUAACCCUUUCACUUUGCGUGGCUUAUAUUGGUUAUCUACAUGCAACACAAGAGAACAAAAAGGACCUCUAUGAAGCUAUCGAUAGUGAGGGACACAGUUAUAUGAGGAGGAAAACAUCUAAAUGGGAUUAAUAGCACUUAUUACUAUGGAUGGAGCUAUAUUAAGAGCUCUGGAAUUGCCAAAUAAUAGACUUUAUAAAUGCAUACUAUGUUUCUUGUUUUAGAAUAUGGUAAUGAGGAAAGAAGAUAGCAGUUGCAACCAUACCUGUAUAGUAAAUUUUGUCCUUUAGAGCUGCAGCCAUUAUCUCAUUCUGUUCCCAUAAAAAGCUUCUCAAUAUAUUUCUUUUAUUAAAUCCUCUUAUAAAAGUACCAUGAAAAUGGAAGUCAUUUUUGUUAAUUAUUAAGUUUUAUAUAAUAAAAGUACCCGAUGUUAAA